UCAAUUAUUCUACCCACACAAUUCAAAUCUUAAAAUAAAAGCGGGAAUUUGAAUUUGAAUUUAGUAACGGCCAUCUCCUUCAUUCUCUUCUUUUAUCUCUCUCUGUCACUCUCCUUCACAAACAAACACUACAAUGGCUUCUCUUACACCAGGUAUCCUCCUGAAGCUUCUCCAGUCCAUGAACUCCACCACUCGCGUCACCGGCGACCACCGCUCUCCUCUCCUUCAAGUCACCGGCAUUGUCCCUGCCCUAGCCGGAUCUGACCUCUACUCUAGCCAAGGCUUCUACGUUCAGCUCUCUGAUUCUCUCAAUUCCACUUACAUUUCCCUCUCCGACCGCGACACCGAUCUCAUUCUCUCUAAUAAACUUCAGCUAGGCCAGUUUGUUUACGUUGAGCGUCUCGAAUUCGGCUCUCCUGUACCUAGGGUUUGCGGUAUCCGCCCGAUUCCCGGACGACAUACUUUCGUUGGGACGCCUCAGCCGUUGAUUGCGCGUAUUUCUGAUUCCAAGAGAGAGUUUGUUGUUCAACCAGUGGAUAAUUCGGAGUAUACAGUAGAUCCUAUUGCUGUUUAUUUGGCCAACAAGAAAUUUAACGAGUUCUCAAGAGCUGAAAAAACAGAACCAAAAUCUGAUUAUUUUGGUAUCAACAAUAAGAACAGCAAGACAUCAGUUAGGCAACCACUCGCAUCCCGAGACAAUGUGGCGGAUGAAAAUAGCAAGGUGCCGCAGAGAUUUUGUUCCCCCGGUGGAGCCAAGAGAUCUGUUUCUACUGGGAAGAAAAAUGGUGGUGUAGAACGAGAUCCUUCUCCGGCUGGAGCGAAAGGGAAGAGAUCGUCGUCUCCUGCGCCUUCUAAAUGCGUGGUUCCGAGUUUGGCGGCGGCUAAAGAGGAGAACAGGAAGGUGUCCAGGGAACCGGCUAUUAUAGUUCCUUCCAGGUAUAGGCAACCAUCGCCUAGUAGGAAGCAGGCGUCUCCCAACCCGCGAAGGGCUUCGAUUUCUCCUGGGAGGAGACUGUCUGGUGGUGUGAAAGUGUCGCCUGUUGUGGGUGAUUCUGCUACUAAGAAAAAGAUGGUGGGUAUAGCAGCUGCGAUUUCGAAAGCUUCUGAAGCACUUGUUGGGUCUGCUAAGAGUAGUAGGAAGAGCUGGGAUGAGACGCAUGUGAUUGGUUCAGGAGAGCAGAGAGAGAAGAAGAAACCCGAUCUACAAUCCAUUUUGCGGACUCAGGCUGCACUGUCUAGGCGUCUAAGUGAUGCAAAUAGUCGACAGUCCAAUCACGAUGAUGACUCCUCAAGCAGCGAGACCAUAAAGGGUGAUUCACCGGUUUGUUUAGGCAAAGAAAAGGCAGGUUAUGCAGCUCUGGGAUUCACCGUUCAUGAAAAGAAAUGGACUGAUGGGAGUAUUCCAUUGGAUACAGUCUCUACAGAACUUGGUAAACUUGGAAAGGAGGCAAUGCAAAGGAGGAUCGUCGCUUCUACGGCUGCAGCUGAAGCAUUGGAGGAGGCUAUUGCUACCGAGGCUAUUGUAAGGAGCUUAAGUGUAUUUUCAGAACUUUCCUCUGUAUCCAAGGCUGGAAAUCCUUUACCAACCAUAGAUAGAUUUUUCUCAAUUUAUGACGACGUUAUCAAAUAUACCACAACUGCUGAGUCAGUUGCUGCUGGCCGCUCAGAGCAAUUAAAAUCUUCCUCUCUUUGGGUUGAAGCUGCUUUAGCUACUGAUCUUGAGAUUGUUUCUCUACUAAACACAAGCAAAACCAAUGAUCAUCCUCCGACCAGUCUGCCAAAAAGUUUGUCCAGGCGGCAAUCUCUAAAGGCUGCUGCUAGUUCAACCGCAGCGGUUGAUCCUAUAGUCGGAGUUUGGACAAGAGGCAAUGGAAUGAAGGAAACAGUAGAACUUGCAAUGAAAUUGCAGGCUGAAAUGCAAAUUUGGUUUGUAAAAUUUGUGGAGGAUUCGCUGGAUGCGGGUUUUCGGGCACUCGGAGGAGGAGAACGUAGUAGUGGUGGUGGUGAUGGAGUUAAAGCAAUGCCGAUGAGCUCGAGCUCCGUUGCAGCUAUAUUGUCUCAGUUGAAGAGAGUAAAUGAUUGGUUGGAUGGUAUAGUGUUAAAAGGAGAUGAUGUUGUGAUACUAAAGAUUGAGAAGCUUAAGCGAAAAAUCUAUGGAUUUGUGAUUCAGCAUGUUGGAACUACCUUUGAUAACUCUUCACAGGUUGCUUCAUCUUGAUUUCAGUCUACUUCUUAUCCUUGUUAUUCUCUAUUUUUUUUCCGACACUAUGCUUCAGGAAAUUUGUCAAUUUCUUAGUACAAAAUACUUGAGCUUCUUACAUAAAAAGUUUAUCAUUUAUUUUUA